UUCAGAUGUUACGCGAUGUUACAGCUGACUGGUUCGUCUUCACCACUUUAUUAUUGCAGGAACAGACAAGGUUACGCUUUUCAACAAGAAUAACCCAUCAUUCCGUCAGAAAGUUGAAUCCACAUUGUUUCACAUGGAAGCGUAAAACUUGCCAAAGCACCAUGGGGUGAAUGUUCAUCUGGUGAUGAAGGACGGUCGUGACAGAACUUACAGACGUCACCAUGGUGAAGGAGAGUCUGCCCAGCUGGGUCCACCCGGACCCUGACGAGGGUCUGGUCCACGUGAACGUAGGCGGUCUGAAGAGAAGCCUCUGCUCCAGCACACUGAGGAAGUUCCCCGACACCCGACUGGGGAAACUGCUGGCGUGUGAUUCAGAGGAGGACAUCCUGCAGGUGUGCGACGACUACGACGUGCAGCAGAAGGAGUUUUAUUUCGACCGCAAUCCUGGCUUGUUCCCUUAUGUCCUCAACUUUUAUCAGACCGGAAAACUUCACGUGAUGGAGGAGCUGUGUGUCUUCUCAUUCAGUCAGGAGAUCGAGUACUGGGGCAUCAAUGAGUUCUUCCUCGACACGUGCUGUAGUUACCGCUACCACGACCGCAAGUUGGAGAGCAGCCGGCAUCGCCACUGGGACGACGAGAGCGACGUGAGCAGCGUGGACACAUCUGUGGAUGAGAUAUCUGACUUACACAGGGACAUGCAGCAUUUCCAGGAGGUGCGUUACGGCAACAUCAGGAAGUGCCUGUGGCUGACGCUGGAGAACCCAGGUUACUCCAUCCCCAGCAAGCUGUUCAGCCUGCUGUCCAUCGGGGUGGUGCUCACAUCCAUCUCCAUCAUGUGCAUUAACAGCAUCCCAGAGUAUCAGACUUUUGACUCUGAUGGAAAGUUGGUGGAGGACCCGACCAUGCAGGCUCUGGAGGUGUUCUGCACCUGCUGGUUCACCUUUGAGGUCGUGACGCGGCUGCUGCUUGCACCAAACAGGAAGAAGUUCUUUCACCACCCGCUCAACAUUAUCGACAUGGUGUCUGUGGUCCCCAUCUACAUCACCCUGGCCUUUGACGUGACUCUGGGUUCAGAGUCUGAACUGGGAAACGUGGGACGACUCGUACAGGUGUUCCGGUUAAUGAGGAUCUUCAGGGUUCUGAAACUGGCCCGACACUCUACAGGCCUGCGCUCGCUGGGGGCAACGCUUCGGCACAGCUACCGCGAGGUCGGCAUACUGCUGCUCUACCUGGGCGUAGGAGUCUCCGUCUUCUCUGGAAUCGCUUACACCGCUGAAUGUGAGGAGGACGUGGGUCUGGACACCAUCCCUGCCUGCUGGUGGUGGGGGACGGUCAGCAUGACCACGGUGGGUUACGGCGACGUGGUGCCCGUCACGGUGGCCGGGAAGCUGGCGGCGAGCGGCUGCAUCCUGGGCGGCACCCUGGUGGUGGCGCUGCCCAUUACCAUCAUCUUCAAUAAGUUCUCCCACUUCUACCGGCGGCAGAAGGCUCUGGAGGCGUCGGUGAGGAACAACAACCUCAAGAGGAUGAGGAUGAGCUGCGAGAACGAGCCGGAGGAGGACGAGGAGGAGGACGAGGAGUCGGGCGGGGACAGCCAGUACGAGGAGGACGACGACAUCGAUGACAUAGAGGAGGAUGAUAUAAACUAUGAGAAUGAAGGAGGCGUGAUAAACUACAGUUACGUGGAGCAUCCGUCCUACGCAUCGAUAAUGAGAAAGAAGGGUCCGUAUCAGCUGUGAAGAUGGCUGGUGGGCUGGUGGGCGUUCACGACCUCUACAUGGAGGCUAAAGACUAAAGAUCCGAUCUUGGUCUGGUUCAUAUUUGACCAACAUCUAAAUCAAAACCGCCCAAAACAGAGAAACUGAAACUGCGGCUUCUGAGCGUGAGCGUCUUCAAACAUCCGUGAUUGAUGGCCGCCACCAAAGCUCUGACCAGACGUAGGGUUGGUGCUUCAGGCCAGAUUCACGAGCUGUACUUUAGUUGGAGUUUUGUUCUCGUAUUGAACCGUAACAACCUGAUAAAAGCAAUUAGAGCAGAAGAACUGAGCUGAACUCAAAUAGCAUGCACACUUAUGUAAUAAAGUGAAUAAAAAUAC